UCUUUUCAAACAUUCCUCUCCCACUCCACUUUUCUCUCUCCUCUGCCCCCUUUUCACUCACUCUGCCACGGCCACCAUUAUAUCUCCCUUUCUCUCUCAGCAACCGCUCACACAUCUCCCAAUUCCCAAAUACCUCUCUCUCUCUCUCUCUCAUGAAAAUGGCUGAUGAUGAUGGUGUGGAAGGAGCAGGUUACUGGCUUCCCUCUGAGUUUCUCACAGACGACGAUUUCGUUACCAACAAAGAGAAUUCCGACUCCAAACGCUUCCCCACUGACUUCCCCUGCAAUUUUCAAAUUCAGUCAAACAACGGCAGCCAAUACGACGCCGUUGGAGAUCUCGCUCUCGCCGCCGCUGAAGUCGCGAAGCAGAAGCUGAACCCCUCCCCGCCGCCGGAAGUCUGCCGGAAUACAUCGAUUGCCAAAACGGGGAGCCUUUUUCCUCCCCAAUUUGAAAACAUUGGCCCAAUGGCAGGGCGAGGAGGAGGAGGAAUGGGGCAUGACACGUGGGCCCCAAAUCGGGGAAGGGUGGCUCAUGGAGGCGGCGCUGCCGCUGCGGCUAAAAAGGCGUGCGCUGGAACAGGAGUGUUUUUGCCUCGCCGGUACGACACCACCGCUGUCAACUCUCAUUCGGCUGCAGCCCCUCGCCGGAGUCUAGCUUAUCCCUUUCAAGGUAGAGAAGCCGCUCAAAUUCACACCAAGCCUUUACUGUCUCAUUUCGUCGAAAACGAAACCCAGCCUCUGCCUCCGCCCAAGAUCAGCCGAGGCUUUGCCUCGGAUCAUUAUUCUGCAGUGGCUCGAAGGCGUGACUUGGUGGUGCUGCUACUUCAGCAACGCAGCCAGAGGUUACAAUCUCCGGUGGCGGAAGGGUCAAGGAUUAUUGGCUGCGACCGUGGGCGCCUACCGGUGGAGUGGACUUACUGAUGGAUGUUACUAGUUUUUGUUUUUGUAACAAGUACCAUGUGAUGAUCAAGUGUGUGUAAGUAAGGUAAUAAGCAGAUUAUAAAAAUGUAGGGAAGAUUUGAAUUGGAGUAGAAAUGUCAAAUGGGAGGUCAGAGGUUUGGUUGGUGUGGUUGGUUUUUCUAAGACAGUUUAACAUUUUUUUGUGGACAAGGCCA